AUGUCCACCUCUCAAGAUUACAUCCCCGCCGACCAAAUCGACUCCACCUUCGCGCACACCACCAACCUCGCCUCCUCCGCCCUGAACAGCACCAUCCUCUCCUGUUCCAACGAAUACUUCGCCGCCGCCUCCAACCUCCUAACCCCCACACCACCCAUCAAUCGCCCGGGCGUCUUCGUCCACACCGGAGCCUGGUACGACGGAUGGGAAACCCGCCGUCACAACCCGGCCCCCUACGACUGGGCCGUGAUCAAGCUGGGCGUGUCCAGCGCGCACAUCUACGGCGUAGAAGUCAACACGGGGUACUUCAUCGGCAACUACGGCGAGAAGGCCUCUCUGCAAGCAACCUACGCGCCCAACACCCCGGACUCUGAAGUCGCGGACGAGAAGUACGCGAACUGGACGACGAUUCUCCCGCCCGUAGAAUGCGGGCCGUCGCAGCGGCGGGCGUGGAAGCUGGAUCCCGAGGUGCAUGGCAAGGCGUUUACGCAUGUGCGGCUGUUGAUGUACCCCGAUGGUGGGUUUGGGCGGUUGAGGGUGUAUGGGAAGGCCAUUCCGGGUGAUGUGAAGGUUGCUGGUGGGGAAGAGGAAUUGAGUUCUGCGUUGGUUGGGGGUGUGGCGCUUGCGGCGUCGGAUCAGCAUUUCACGCCGUGUUCGAAUCUGUUGUUGCCCGGUCGGGGGAAGGAUAUGGGGGAUGGGUGGGAGACGGCGAGGUCGAGGGCGAAGGGUCAUGUUGAUUGGGCUAUUGUGAAGUUGGGGUUGGUGGGGAGUGUGAGUCGGGUGGUGGUGGAUACGAAGGACUUUAGGGGUAAUUUCCCUAGGGAGGUGCGCGUGCAUGGGCUGGUGGAGGGGAGUGUUAAGGAUGGGGAGGAGCCGACGCAUGAUCAUCCCGGUUGGGUCGAGUUGGUUAAGGGCGAUAGGCCUUGUCGGGCGGAUACGGAACAUGUCUUUGAGGGUCAGGAUUUGGCGGCUGGUGGGGAGGAUACGAGGGCGUUUACGCAUGCUAAGUUGACGUUGGUGCCGGAUGGAGGUGUUAAGCGGUUCAGGGUGUUUGGAAAGCGUAAGGCUGUUGCUGCUUAA